AUGACCAGGAUUUCGAUUUCAACUAUUGGACUCUAUGCUACAGCUCCAUCAGGUGAUAAUAAUUGUGGAACUCUUGCUGAUAUUUGUACUUUCUCAUUAACAUUUAUAUUCAAUACGCUUUGUUUGAAUUUUUAUCGUUAUUAUGUACGGUGGCAUUAUCGCCCGCAACAUGAUAAUCAUUGUCAUUGUCGAUCAAAAAAACAUGAACGAUAUUUACCAUAUCAUAUGGUUGGAGAAUAUCGUGAUUCAAGAACGUUAGGAAAUCGACCAUAUAGUGAUAAACCUUGUCACAAGAGGACACUUGAUCAUAUUGCUGUUUUUCAUUCAAGUGAUUUUCAACCACAAGAUCGUUGGCGAGAUAUUCCACAACCACCGGCGAUUAUUCCAUCAAAAAAUAGUAAAUUAUUUUGUUUGAAAUCGAAAGAAGAAAAUAAUCAAACUCAUUAUAUUGGUUUUCAUACAACUGAUCCGACGUCUACCAUUUCUAUUGCUCAUAGUGACUUUCGAUCGGGUAAAAAUGGAUGGCUUAGUCCUGGAGUUUAUUUUGCUCGAUCAAUUGAUGGCACAAUUGGAAAAGCAAAAAGUUCAGGUGGUGCUCAUAUUAUUGCUGAGAUUCGUAUGGGUAAAGUCUUGAAAGUUGAACGAGAAGUUAUAACUCGAAGCCAUCUAAGAUUCAAUGCUGAGAUGUAUGUAUUAGUUCAUCAUAUGGAAUGGCAAGAAAAUUAUGAUACAUGUUGCAUGAUUCACGAACAUGAUCAUCGAGAUGAAUUUGCUAUUAAAGAUGCAGCUACACAAAUCAUUAAAUGGGUUAUUGUCAUUGAUCAAGAAUUUGAUCCGAAAGUUGAAAAAUAUGAACUUACUACAGAAUUUGAUUCCACAACAUGUGGUUGUAUUUAA